UUAAAAUUUACAGCAGAGAUAAGAAAAACAGAGCUCCCUUGGUGGCGCAGUGGUUAAGAAUCUGCCUGCCAAUGCAGGGUACACGGGUUCGAGCCCCGGUCCGGGAAGAUCCCACAUGCCGCCGAGCAACUAAGCCCGUGUGCCACAACUACUGAGGCUGCGCUCUAGAGCCUGUGAGCCACAACUGUUGAGCCUGCGUGCUGCAACUACUGAAGCCCAUGCUCCCUACAGCCCAUGCUCCACAACAAGAGAAGCCACCGCAAUAAGGCCGUGCACCGCAAAGAAGAGUAGCCCCCGCUCACCGCAACUAGAGAAAGGCCGUGCGCAGCAAUGAAGACCCAACACAGCCAAAAACAAAAAAAAUAAAAUAAAUAAAUUUAUUUAAAAAAAAACCAACAACUUAUUUUGCCCUAGGAAACUUGAACAUAAUUUCAUAAGAAGAUUUGAUUCUUUAUUUCUGGACUGCAUAUAUAUAACAAGACCAUCAGAAUGUCGGGAGCCUCAGUGAAGGUGGCUGUCCGUGUGCGGCCCUUCAAUUCUCGAGAGACCAGCAAAGAAUCCAAGUGCAUCAUUCAGAUGCAGGGCAACUCAACCAGUAUUAUUAACCCAAAGAACCCAAAGGAAGCUCCAAAGUCCUUCAGCUUUGACUACUCCUACUGGUCUCACACCUCGCCCGAAGAUCCCUGUUUUGCAUCUCAAAACCGUGUGUACAAUGAUAUUGGAAAGGAAAUGCUCUUACAUGCCUUUGAAGGAUAUAAUGUCUGUAUUUUUGCCUAUGGGCAGACUGGUGCUGGGAAGUCUUAUACAAUGAUGGGUAAACAAGAAGAAAGCCAGGCUGGCAUCAUUCCACAGUUAUGUGAAGAACUAUUUGAGAAAAUCAAUGACAACUGUAACGAAGAAAUGUCUUACUCUGUAGAGGUGAGCUACAUGGAAAUAUACUGUGAAAGAGUACGAGACUUGCUGAAUCCAAAAAACAAGGGUAACUUGCGUGUGCGUGAACAUCCACUUCUUGGCCCAUAUGUGGAGGAUCUGUCAAAGUUGGCAGUAACUUCCUACACAGACAUUGCUGACCUCAUGGAUGCUGGGAACAAAGCCAGGACAGUGGCAGCUACCAACAUGAAUGAAACAAGUAGCCGUUCCCAUGCUGUGUUUACCAUUGUUUUCACCCAGAAGAAACAUGAUACUGAAACCAACCUUUCCACUGAGAAGGUCAGUAAAAUCAGCUUGGUGGAUCUAGCGGGAAGUGAACGAGCUGAUUCAACUGGUGCCAAAGGGACUCGAUUAAAGGAAGGAGCAAAUAUUAAUAAGUCUCUUACAACUCUGGGUAAAGUCAUUUCAGCCUUGGCAGAGGUGAGUAAGAAGAAGAAGAAAACUGAUUUUAUUCCGUACAGAGAUUCUGUACUUACUUGGCUCCUUCGAGAAAAUCUAGGUGGCAAUUCUCGGACUGCAAUGGUUGCUGCUCUGAGCCCAGCAGAUAUCAACUAUGAUGAAACUUUGAGCACUCUGAGAUAUGCAGAUCGUGCAAAACAAAUUAAAUGCAAUGCUGUUAUCAAUGAGGACCCCAAUGCCAAACUGGUUCGUGAAUUAAAGGAAGAGGUGACACGGCUGAAGGACCUUCUUCGUGCUCAGGGGUUGGGAGAUAUUAUUGAUACUGAUCCAUUGAUCGAUGAUUACUCUGGAAGUGGAGGCAAAUAUCUGAAAGAUUUUCAGAACAAUAAGCAUAGGUACUUGCUAGCCUCUGAGAACCAACGUCCUGGCAAUUUUUCCACAGCAUCCAUGGGGUCCCUUACUUCAUCUCCAUCUUCCUGCUCACUCAAUAGUCAGGUGGGCUUAACAUCUGUGACCAGUAUUCAGGAGAGAAUCAUGUCUACACCUGGAGGAGAGGAAGCCAUCGAACGUCUAAAGGAAUCGGAGAAGAUCAUUGCUGAAUUGAACGAAACCUGGGAAGAAAAGCUGCGUAAAACAGAGGCCAUCAGAAUGGAGAGAGAGGCCUUGUUGGCUGAGAUGGGAGUUGCCAUUCGGGAAGAUGGAGGAACCCUGGGGGUUUUCUCACCUAAAAAGACGCCACAUCUUGUUAACCUCAAUGAGGACCCACUGAUGUCUGAAUGCCUUCUUUAUUACAUCAAAGAUGGAAUUACAAGGGUUGGCCAAGCAGAUGCUGAGCGGCGCCAGGACAUCGUGCUGAGUGGGGCUCACAUUAAAGAAGAGCAUUGUAUCUUCCGGAGCGAGAGGAACAACAGUGGGGAUGUUAUUGUAACCCUGGAGCCCUGUGAACGUUCAGAAACCUACGUAAAUGGCAAGAGGGUGGCCCAGCCUGUUCAGCUGCGCUCAGGAAACCGUAUCAUCAUGGGUAAAAACCAUGUGUUUCGUUUUAACCACCCGGAGCAAGCACGGGCUGAGCGGGAGAAGACUCCUUCUGCUGAGACCCCCUCUGAGCCUGUGGACUGGACGUUUGCCCAGAGAGAGCUUCUAGAAAAACAAGGAAUUGAUAUGAAACAGGAGAUGGAAAAAAGGCUACAGGAAAUGGAGAUCCUAUACAAAAAGGAGAAGGAAGAAGCAGAUCUUCUCUUGGAGCAGCAGAGACUGGAUUAUGAGAGUAAAUUGCAGGCCUUGCAGAAGCAGGUGGAGACGAGAUCCCUGGCAGCAGAAACAACUGAAGAGGAAGAAGAGGAGGAAGAAGUUCCUUGGACACAACAUGAAUUUGAGCUGGCCCAGUGGGCCUUCCGGAAGUGGAAGUCUCACCAGUUUACCUCAUUAAGGGACUUACUCUGGGGCAAUGCCGUUUACCUGAAGGAGGCCAAUGCCAUCAGUGUGGAAUUGAAAAAGAAGGUGCAGUUUCAGUUUGUUCUUCUGACUGACACGUUGUACUCCCCUUUGCCUCCUGAAUUACUUCCCACUGAGAUGGAAAAAACUCAGGAAGACAGACCGUUCCCUCGUACAGUGGUGGCCGUAGAAAUCCAGGAUCUGAAAAAUGGAGCAACACAUUAUUGGUCUUUGGCGAAACUUAAGCAGAGGCUGGAUUUGAUGCGAGAGAUGUAUGACAGGGCAGGUGAGAUGGCCUCCAGCGCCCAAGAUGAAAGUGAAACCACCAUGACUGGCAGCGAUCCAUUUUAUGAUCGAUUCCAUUGGUUCAAACUUGUAGGAAGCGCCCCCAUUUUCCACGGCUGUGUGAAUGAGCGCCUUGCUGACCGCACGCCCUCCCCCACUUUUUCCACGGCCGAUUCCGACAUCACUGAGCUGGCUGACGAGCAGCAAGAUGAGAUGGAGGAUUUUGAUGAUGAGGCAUUCGUGGAUGACACCGGCUCUGACGCAGGGACGGAGGAGGGAUCAGAUCUCUUCAGUGAUGGGCAUGACCCGUUUUACGACAGAUCCCCAUGGUUCAUUUUAGUGGGAAGAGCAUUUGUUUACCUGAGCAACCUGCUGUACCCCGUGCCCCUGAUUCACAGGGUGGCCGUUGUCAGUGAGAAGGGCGAAGUGCGGGGAUUUCUCCGUGUGGCUGUGCAGGCCAUCGCAGCGGACGAAGAAGCUCCUGAUUAUGGCUCUGGAAUUCGACAGUCAGGAACAGCUAAAAUAUCUUUUGAUAAUGAGUACUUUAAUCAGAGUGACUUUUCUUCGGUUGCCAUGACCCGUUCUGGUCUAUCCUUGGAGGAGCUGAGGAUUGUGGAAGGACAGGGUCAGAGUUCUGAGGUCAUCACUCCUCCAGAAGAAAUCAAUCGAAUGAAUGACUUGGAUUUGAAGUCAAGCACUUUGCUGGAUGGUAAGAUGGUAAUGGAAGGAUUUUCUGAAGAGAUUGGCAACCACCUGAAACUGGGCAGUGCCUUCACUUUCCGUGUAACAGUGUUGCAGGCCAGUGGAAUCCUCCCAGAGUAUGCAGAUAUCUUCUGUCAGUUCAACUUUUUGCAUCGCCAUGAUGAAGCAUUCUCCACUGAACCCCUCAAAAACCAUGGCAGAGGAAGUCCUCUGGGCUUUUAUCAUGUGCAGAAUAUUGCAGUGGAGGUUACGGAAUCAUUUGUGGACUAUAUCAAAACCAAGCCUAUCGUGUUUGAAGUCUUUGGGCAUUAUCAGCAGCACCCACUUCACCUGCAAGGACAGGAGCUUAACAGUCCACCCCAGCCAUCUCGACGGUUCUUCCCUCCGCCCAUGCCACUAUCCAAGCCAGUUCCCAGCUGCCAGACCGAGAGGGUACCUAAACGAGAUGUUCCAGCCACCAAGUUAAAUACCAUGAGCAAAACCAGCCUUGGCCAGAGCAUGAGCAAGUAUGAUCUUCUGGUUUGGUUUGAGAUCAGUGAAUUGGAGCCUACAGGAGAGUAUAUUCCAGCUGUGGUUGACCAUACAGCAGGCUUGCCCUGCCAGGGGACAUUUUUGCUUCACCAGGGCAUCCAGCGAAGAAUCACAGUAACCAUUAUCCAUGAGAAAGGGAGUGAACUCCAUUGGAAGGAUGUUCGGGAGCUGGUGGUAGGCCGGAUUCGGAAUAAAGCUGAGGUGGACGAAGCCGCAGUUGAUGCCAUCCUCUCCUUAAAUAUCAUCUCUGCCAAGUACCUGAAGUCUUCCCACAACUCUAGCAGGUGGGGCACCCGGGGAAUGUGGACCUUCUAUCGUUUCGAGGCCGUGUGGGAUAGCUCCCUCCAUAACUCCCUCCUUCUGAACCGAGUGACACCCUAUGGGGAAAAGAUCUACAUGACCUUGUCGGCCUACCUGGAGCUGGAUCAUUGUAUCCAGCCAGCUGUCAUCACCAAGGAUGUGUGCAUGGUCUUCUAUUCCCGGGAUGCCAAGAUCUCGCCGCCACGCUCACUGCGCAGCCUCUUUGGCAGCGGCUAUUCAAAGUCACCAGACUCCAAUCGAGUCACUGGAAUUUAUGAACUCAGUUUAUGCAAGAUGGCAGACACCGGUAGUCCAGGCAUGCAGAGGAGGAGAAGGAAAAUCUUGGACACAUCAGUGGCGUAUGUGCGGGGAGAAGAGAACUUAGCAGGCUGGCGGCCUCGUGGAGACAGCCUCAUCCUUGAGCACCAGUGGGACUUGGAGAAGCUGGAGCUCCUGCACGAGGUGGAGAAAACCCGCCACUUCCUGCUGCUCCGUGAGAGACUUGGUGACAGCAUCCCCACAUCCCUGAGCGACUCGUUGUCCCCCAGCCUCAGCAGUGGGACCCUCAGCACCUCCACCAGCAUCUCCUCUCAGAUCUCAACCACCACCUUUGAAAGUGCCAUCACACCCAGUGAGAGCAGUGGCUACGACUCCACAGACAUUGAAAGCCUGGUGGAUCGAGAGAAAGAGCUGGCUACCAAGUGCCUGCAGCUUCUCACCCACACUUUCAACCGAGAAUUCAGCCAGGUGCACGGCAGCAUCAGUGACUGCAAGUUGUCUGAUAUCUCUCCAGUCGGACGGGAUCCCUCUGUGUCCAGUUUUAGCAGUGCUACCCUCACUCCCUCCUCCACCUGCCCCUCUCUGAUAGACGCUAGGAGCAACUCUUUGGAUCAGAAGACCCCAGAAGCCAAUUCCCGGGCCUCUAGUCCCUGCCCGGAAUUUGAACAGUUUCAGAUUGUCCCAGCUCUGGAAACGCCCUAUUUGGCCCGAGCAGGAAAAAAUGAAUUUCUCAAUCUUGUUCCAGAUAUUGAAGAAAUUAGACCGGGCUCAGUGGUCUCUAAGAAAGGAUAUCUGCAUUUCAAGGAGCCACUUUCCAGCAACUGGGCUAAACAUUUUGUCGUGGUCCGUCGCCCCUAUGUCUUCAUCUAUAACAGUGACAAAGACCCGGUGGAGCGUGGCAUCAUUAACUUGUCCACAGCGCAGGUGGAAUACAGCGAGGACCAGCAGGCCAUGGUGAAGACACCGAACACCUUUGCUGUAUGCACAAAGCACCGUGGGGUCCUUUUGCAGGCUCUCAAUGACAAAGACAUGAACGACUGGUUAUAUGCCUUUAACCCACUCCUUGCUGGCACAAUACGGUCAAAACUCUCCCGCAGAUGCCCGAGCCAACCGAAGUUCUAGGUGACUGCCGAGCGCCCUCACUCGCCUUCCGAGAGAUAAAGAAAGUGUUACCUCUCAUUCCUCUUUGUGAUUCUUGAUGGUUAUUCUUGUGUGUGAUCCUGUGGCUUAAGUGCUCGUCCCUCCUUGUCCAGCACUUUUUCUAUCGCUCCUGGUCCCCAUCCCCAUUGCUCUGUACUCUUUUCUUUUUUCCUGUGCUGAGAAUCUUGUUAGAAGCAUGUGGCCUAACAAAAGGGGGGGAAAAAACGAACAAAAAAACAAAAACCCAGAGGGGAUCCAGUGAAUCUCCCAAUUAUUUUUUGAUGUAUUUUGGCUUCCUUUUGUGUGAUAGGUCCCCAUAUGACCACCUCUGAUGUCUGUACUGCUGUCUUCGGAUAUCUCUGUCUGUUGUUCAAGACAACAUAAUACUUUUUUCUUUUCAUUGUGAUAUAAUUUUAAUUUUUCUUGGGUGGCUUAGAGACUAAAGGAAGAGACAUCUGGUCUUUUUUAGAACCUGAGAGGAAAAAACUUACCUUUUCCCCUUCUGUCUCUUUUUGCCAUGACUAAUACCUACAUUUUCCAUUGAGGGAAAAGGUUGUAGUGAGCUUAGAAAUGGGACAUGUAUAUUCUCUGAAAUUGGGGCUUAUUUAGAACAUAGUUAUGUAAUUUUCAUUUAGUGGAAGAGACUUUUCAGCAGGUUUGGGACAGUGGCUGCUGUUGACCUUAUAAGAAGGAAAGAGCCAAGGCUAUUGCUGAUGGAUUUCAAAGGACCGUGGGACUUGGCCCGUGACAGUGGGGGUCAGUAGGAUGCUUGUAGUUCCUCACAGCAGGGCUCCUGUGAGCUGUUUGUCUCCACUGGGAGGGAGCCUCUUCUCUCAGAGUCUCAGUUUCUGUUCUUGGAGUUAGUAAUGACAGUGGUACAGUUUGGAAUUAGUGCCAUGAUGUCAUAUACAAAUAUCCCACAAGGAGGGAGUGUUUCACUAUCUGGUGAUGAACUUGAUGGUGUUUGUCAUCAUUAUGAUUAUGAUAAUGCCGGGUAGUGACCUUGUGAUUGUUGUAGCUCCCUUUGAUCAAAGAAAUCUAGCUCUUAAGUAUACUUGGAUGUCUCCCUCUGAAUCCAGUGGUCAUUUACAAUGAUCCUUGUCAAAUUGAAAACACUUUCAAUGAUGCUUGUUUCCCUAUGCUCAUAGAUAAGUGAACAUGGCAGGCUUUGCUUUCUGGACCCCAGAAUUAUAACGGACUUCCUGCCACUGCUAAGAGCAAAAGGACACCUGGGGGCAGAGAAGAGGGUCCACCUGAACCCUGGCCCCAGGCCUGGUCAUUUGUCUCCUCCUUGGUUAUCUCCAUCGUGCGUGGAAAUACUGCCAGAGGAGAAAGGAGGAGCUCACUGCCGGUGGCCUCCUUCUGUGACAGAACAGGAUCGCCUGCUUCCAGAGGCCAUCGCGGAAGAUGCUCUUUCUCUUUCAGCUGCAGUAAGUGUCACAGGAAUGACAUGGGAGAGAAGGCCUGCAGUUACUUCAGUUGCUUUGCCAGUUGACUUGGGGCUGUUCUGUACCAUCCUUUACUGCCCUCGCUCACACCUCUGUUUGACCAUCCAUCCUUCAGGUGUUCAGGAAAGUAUCUGCUUGCUCCCACUUUGUGGAGACCGGGGGUCCUCCGCCUCGAGGGUGCUGACUCUCGGGUAGCAAAGGGGAGGGGCCCGUGCGCGCAGCAGAUUGGGUGCUGGGCAGGCUCGCCAGCACCCAGACCCUUGCCUCUGCCUUCCUGGAGGGGCUCAUCUCCUGGCUUCAUUCAUCGUAAUUGCUUUGCAAAGAGGAGGAAACGGGAGUCACGGAGAGCUUAACAAAAGAAAGACUAGAAAUCAAAGGCUAUGACCUUACCUGAAAAAUGAUCAAGAAAAAUUCUAUGGUAGAUUUUUUAACUUUCUUCCUCUCCUUAAAACGUAGGUCACUAACUCUAAUGUUACUUGUUUUCUAAGUGGUGCUUCAGACUUUAAAGUAGUUAGAGGUUUCUUGUCUAAUGGACACAAUGUGCCCUUCCAGUGUCCGCUCAAAUCCAGGGUCUGCCCGUGCUUAGAGACAGCUUCCUGGGCUGAAAUUAAAUCUGAUUUCAGGGAAACGAAGAUGAGAUUUGAAGGUUACUUUUCGAUUUAAAUCCUGGAUGCUGCUGCCGUUACAAAGUCUGAUAGGAGGAUCCAUGUCUGUGGCAAAAGGAGACCAGGGGAAGCCGAGGGAGAUAGAAUCAAGUGAUACAGUGAGGUGACUCUUGUUUUUUAUUCUAACUUAAACAAAACUGGCUUGGAAAGUCUUUGUUUUGGAAUGUCAGAUACUAGAAGAGGCCGAGGUGAGAAGGCCUUGUGAGGCAGCGGGGGCCUUGGCUGCAGCUCCCGGUACACACAGCCCCCACUGGUGCCCCUUUCUCUAGGGGUCUGUUUUCAGAUUGGAGUUGGAGCAGUUUCAGGAUUAGUGUUCCCUUUCCAGGCAGGUCCGUCCCCACUUCGAAGCUCUGAGAGAGAAUUUAUGGCAGGAGUUAUUUAUGAGGCUUUCACGGAAGCCAUAGUGUCAGGAAAGUUGAAAGAACUCAAACCUUUAAGGAAACCACCUUUUAAGGGUUUGUUUGUUUGUUUCCUUUUUUUUUUUUUCUUAAAGCACACCUUUAAACAAGCAAAUAAUAAUAAUAAUAAAGCAAGAAAGAACACUCUUAUACAAAUUUAGGAGAAAUGAGUGCUAAAGUAACCAUCUCCUCCCCUCCUUCCCCCAUCCUCCUUUCUCCUGCCAAAGCAAAAUAUGGCCUCACAGCUUCCACCAGACCAGUGCUCACACCCUCCUUGUCUCUGCGCCUGCCUGGGGGUCAGUCAGCUCUCAGGCUGGGCCCUGCGGGGUCAGCCAGCCCACGCACGCAGCCACGAGCGCAGGGAAGGGCUGCUUUUGGCAGCUGGGUGAGCACUUGGAUUCCAAUACGUUCUGAUAACGUGAGGGAAGUCGAGGGAAAUGAUUUUCCCCAACUACGACUACUCAUAUUUUGGAUGAGAUUUUUCAGCUCUUGUAAGAUGAAGGAAUCAGUUAUGCCAUUGUGGAAGAUCUUUUGGUACCUAAAGUAAAGUGACUUCUCCUGGCACAUAUAUCAAAGCAAAGACUUUGUUGUCUGCUGCUUGUUGUCUGAUUUACAGGGAUAUUUAAUUUUGUAAGGUAUUUGUAUAUUUAUACAGCUGUAAUUAAUUGCACAUUGAACUGGAAAAGCAAGGAUGACCUAGCGUGUAGCACCUGCUGGUACUUGGCAUUCCCUCGUCUGGGUUCCACUAGGGUUCUCCUGGACAGUAUCAGGGCUUGUUCGUUUCUUGUUUGACUUGGGUCCUUCAUUCUACCUUUUGGUUCCCUUUUUAAAAUGUGAUUGUUAACCUGCUCUUUAAAAAGAAAGAGACUGAUUUUGCUGCUGCCCUCAGAAGGUUUGCUGAAUGUAUUUUCACUAGGACUCGAGCUCAUGUGCACUGCAGCUGUCCGCUGUGGUCAGAGCGUGACUGUGUAGCGGGAAUGUAUUGAUUUGUGCUUCCUUAUUAGUACAUGGAGAUAUCAGCUGAGAGAUGAUCUGCUGCUGUUGUUCAAAAGGCCAUUUAUGAAACCUGUGUUCAAGCCCCAUAGAAUCUUAGGGAAGCCUCUAGUCAUUUAAAGGAAGAAGGUAGAGGUGAUACAAAUUUCACAUUAAAAACUCAGCCAAAACGGCUUGUGCUCAGACGGAAUGUCCGAGUUGAGGUUGGUCUCUUGCCAAACCCUGGCCGUCACGUGUUGUUUUCAUGUCUUCAAGUUAAUUUUUUUCAUGCUGCGUAUUCUGGCAUCAGUUCACCUGAGGAAUCCAUCAGCCUUCUCAUGAGUCGUCUUAGACUUUGUGGCUCUGAUGUACUUGUCCGGUGAGACUUCAAGUCCCUUGUCACCAUCCUCAUGCACAAAACCCAUGAAGCAUAAGUGGCCUUUUUGAACCAAGACUUUGCAAACUGAUCUCUCCCCAGGGAAGGAGUUGAGCACAUUUAGCAACAAUGUACAUUAUUAAUUUCAGAUUCUCAUUUUCAUGUUUUAUUAUGUAAAUAUUAUCUGAUGUUCGGAGCCUGAGUAUACAGAAUGUAAAUAUAGUUCUUGUAUUUGUACUAAUUCUGGUUCUUUUGCUGUAUAGCCUUAGAUGUGCAAUGCAGACAUUAUCUAACUGUGUAUGGUAACCUUGCAUCACGGAACUAUUAGUGAACGAGGUAAAAAUAAUAAAGGUACAACCAGUGCA